UCUAGUGCACUGCACUCAGCUUCGCGUAGGAGGAGUGUAGAGGGAAGGGGGGGAGUGGUAAGUAGGGAACUCAGGACCAUAGUUUAGACAUCACUGAGCGACGGAUGGACAGCCAGUCAGACCCGUCACGGCAGUCGCUCGAGUACUCGGAAACCACCGGGAAAAAUCUCUUUCCAAACAGUUGCGUUGUGCUCAGCAUCACUGGACUAAUUUACCAGAGAUUUCUCACCUGCCUUAGGAAUUGUCUUUAAAAGAUUUUGAUCAUUUUUGCAAAGAGUGAUCACGUGUUCUGAAAAAUUAAGUGCUGUAUAAACACUUUUUAAAAAGAAAAUAGUGACUAAUAAGUGCGAUUUAAAUUUGAUUUUCAAUUGAACAUGAAGUGUAUCUAAAAGUUGAAGUUGUAAUAAUUUCUUCAGCUUUGGUGAAGAAUAUAUUGAGAUAUUUUUAAAGUUAAUCAUGAGUGUUGCAUUAGUAAGCAUGGAGUCGGCUUAUGGAUUGCGAUUGGGAGGUCUCGCGAGUCAUCAUCUUCAUCAUCCACUACUUCAUCAUCAUCAUCAUCGUACGUGCUCGCCGCCAAUGGCCGAGAGUCACGUGAUCUCAAGACAACAGAUUCAUCAUGAUGAACGUUCGGAAUCUGAAUCCACAGCCUUAAGGUUCAGUGUUGUUAAUAUUUUGCGACCCGAUUUUGGCAAAGAGGCAAUUUUAAAUACAAAAAGUUCAUCAACAAAAUCGACAACAAUUGUCAAGCCAAUUGCUCAUAGUCCUAUUCCACUGCCGCGUGAUUUAAGUCUUUCUUCAUCGAGAUUAUCGUCACCUCAAUCACCGCCGUCGACGACAACAACAACAACAACGAAUUUCAGUCAAAGGGACCGAGAUUCCUCCUUUUCGUCCCAUUGCGGCUUAACGUCGCCACUCCAAAGGCAUUCCGGACUCAGUAGGAGCGGAAGUCUUGAAAGUCUUGCUAGCAAUAGGAGUUCUGUGACUGGCAGCUCUGUCACCGGCGCUCCGUCCUUGUGCUCGACCUCGUCCACCAUCAGCGGGGAAUCCAUUAGCGGUGAAAGUAACAACGGAAAUGCAGCAUCCACAGGAACCGGCUCAACAUCAACCAAUGGUGGCAAUGGACAAAGCGUUUGGCCUGCCUGGAUUUACUGCACUAGAUAUUCGGACAGACCUUCUUCUGGACCCCGAUCAAGACGAGUGAAACGUUCGAUUGGUGACAAUAAGACCAACAGCAGUCCUCCAUCUGACGAGAAACGACCUAGAACGGCCUUCAGUGCGGAACAGUUGGCGCGACUAAAGAGGGAAUUCACUGAGAACAGAUACUUGACUGAGAGACGAAGACAGCAACUCUCGAGAGACUUGGGUUUGAACGAGGCCCAAAUCAAGAUCUGGUUCCAGAACAAGAGGGCGAAGAUCAAGAAAUCCACUGGUCAGAAGAAUCCACUUGCUCUUCAGUUGAUGGCUCAGGGUCUCUACAAUCACUCGACAGUUCCAGUCGAUGAGGAUGACGAAGAAAUCGACGACAGAGAAAGUCAACAGUCGUUAAAAAAAAAAAACCCCUCCCUCCAGCCUCUUCAAUGGAUAGAAAACCAGUGACACCUUCUGCAAAAUUCUUUGCGAUUUCUCCUUACGAAAGAUAAGAGAGAAGGAAAAAGAUUGAUGAAGAGAGAAAUAGAAGAGAUGAACGAUAACUCAACGGAUGACGCGAUUGCAGAAGAUUCCCAGAUGCUUAUGUACAAAAAUGGAAGCAGGAAUUACAAGGAUUGGAAUUGCAACGAUUUUGCUCGUAAAAUAUCGAAAAAAUUGAUUCACUUCUUACGAUGCUUUGGGAAAAAUAUCUAGAUGUACAAUUCAUCAAGUAUGUGAGUGUAAUUUUAAACAGAGAGAGAGGGAGAGAGAGAGAGAGAGAAAAGAAAGAGAAUCUAUACCGGUGUGUAGAUUUUUAUCAAGCUUUAUCAUCUAGUAUUGUAGAAUAUCACUUACCAGAGUGUUAAUUUUUUUUAUCAGGUUCUUUUUCAAAUAAUGAAAAAUUUCAUUCGAUAUAAUAAAAGUUGAAUUAUCCUUGAAAAUUGAUCAGUUUUAGAAAUAAUUAAUUUUUUUUUAAUGUAUCUAAAUUUAUCGAAUUUUCGUUAAAGAGACGUACAAAUAUUUGUAAAUAUUUCUUCAAACGCAUAAAAAAGUAUAUAUACAAAAAAAAAGAAAAAUCAUUUUUCAAAGAAAUAUAGAUAUUAUCAGAACAAGUAGCUCUAUAAUAAUCUGUAAAACUGAUGUCGACUGUAUUUAUUGGCUGUAUUUGUAGGUAGAGAGUUUAUAAAUAAAUUUAUAUGUAUAAAUAUAUGUAAAAGAGGAAAGGUCGAUUAAGACGAUGUCUUUAAAAUAUUUAUUUGAUUGUAAAUAAAUUUUGUAAAUAAGAAAGUGUAAGAUAACGUGUUACAUACAAUUUUAUCAAGAGAUAUAUAUAUAUAUAUAUUAUAUCUAUAAAUAAAUUCCCAUAAAAUGUAUAUAUAUAUAUAUAUAUAUAUAAUUCAGGAUUUAUAAAAACGAUCUCAUGACAUUCGUCUGUUAAAGAUAUAUUAUAAUAAACGUUAAAUGUAGAAUUUAUAGCAAGAAAAAGCAUCCCAGUGUCACGUAUAACGCUUACUAUUAACUUGUAGCGAAAUAUUCGGUGUAAUCCAUAUUGAGAAAAUGAUUAAAAUAAGAAGUACA